AUGAUCACAAACCUUUUCAACCAACCUGAAAUAAGCAAAACAAUAAUCUCUUGUCUUAAUUCUAAGGAUUUAGCCAAUUUUAGCAGAUGUAAUAAAUAUUUCAAGAACUAAUUGAAUUUUAUUUUGAAAAAGUAUUUAGAAUAAAGAUUGAUGCACUUUUUAAAUAGUCUAAGAGAGAUUUAUAAUUUUAGAAAAAAAACUAUCCCCAUGUUGCCUAAAGUCUUAUAUAAAGUACCCAAAAACAUGGAAAUAAAAAUUAAGGAUUUAGGUGCUUAAGUUAUCAAGAUUUAACUCAAAGAUCUUCCAAAACAAUUUCUUAAUUUGAAUUGGCAACCAGUCAAUAUUAAUGCCAUCCUGCCAGAAGAUAGUAAAUUAAGCACUUAAGAAAAUAAAGCAUUUAAAUAUAAUGAGAAUUAUAUUAUAAUAAACAGAUCUUUGAUUGAUUAAGGAUUAAACUAUGAAUUUUUGGAAGUAAAUGAAGAUUGUUCAAAAGAAAUAUUAGAAAAGAUUGCUUAAUCAAAUGAAUUUGCUAAUUAUUAACUAAAUGAUAUGCAGAGUAUCUUAAGAAGGUAAAAAGAAAUCCUUGAGAGAGUUAACUAAAAUAAAUAGAAGGUUAUUAAGCAGAAACAAUAAUAGGAACCAAAUUUAUAAUAACUAGAUGAUGUUUAGAAAUUUGCAAUUAUCCUUUGCCAUGGAGGAUAUUUUUGUUUAGGAGUCUUUGACAAUACAGGAUGCAUUUAUCAUAAAAGCGAUCAUCGCUAUGUUGUAAGAGGCAAGGCAGGAGGUCGAUAAUUAAAUAAAGAUUCCCACUCAGGAUCUAAUAUUAAAUCAAUAGGAUCUCAAAUAAGAAGGGCGUAAGAGAAAAAGCAUCAAGAAAAGGUGAAUUCCAUUCUGAAAGAAGCAGUACCAAUUUUACAAACAUGCUAAAUUCUAUUUCUCUAGGCACCAGGAAUAAAUUAAUAAUUGCUGAUUCAAAAUGAAGAACCACUAUUUCUUCUCAAAGAUAAAAUAAGAUCUAUUUGCUUAACAGCGAAGAAGGCAAAUUAUACUGAAGUGGAAAGAGUGUAUAAAUCCAUAACGAGUGUUUACUUAAUUUAAAAGGAAGAAUCCUUUUUCUUUUGA